AGGUUUGUUUUGGAAUAUAUUACUUAAUUGUUUUAAUCAACAAUUCAACAGAGCCUCCCCAGCCUAUAAGAAAUGCACACACAAACACAUGCACACACAGAGUCUUGGAACACGAUACACCAAUCCCUCCUUACUUCCUACCUGCUUACAUUUUACUUCCUCUUUCAACAAUGACUGUCGGUUAAGUUUUUAGGGAAGUCGGUCUAAGAGGAGAAGAGAGAAAGUUCCUUAUGGCCCCCAGGAGAGAGGAGAUGGAUUGUGAUUAAGAUACAAAGCAGGAGGGAACUGCAUUAUUGAGGGGAAAGGGAAGAAGAAGAGGCCACGAGGUGAACACGCUGUAUUGUGGUGCAUCUGAACUCCUCGGUAUCCUUUUGUUUUCUUAGAAUUCUCAUAAUUCAUUUGAAAGUGUUUCAUGUGCUGUUCAAGAAAAGAAAGUGCCAGGUUAGUGGAGGUAUGGACACAUUUGGAAAAUGUACACAUCACACAGUGCAAUUUGAAUGACCCAUGGCCUGUGGAUGCAGUUAAUUCUCCCUUCCCGUCCUCUUUCUCUUUAUCUCCCUUUCUCCGUGCCUCGCUCUGACAGAGCGUAUUUCCCCUCCAGCUCAUAACUACGCAGGUAUCACUAGUCCAUUCAAUGACGAUCUUCUCUCCUUGGCUGUCAAAACAGCAGUCCUGGGGAGCCCUGAAGACUGGUUGCUCAGUUGGCUGUGUGGGUGUGUUUAAGCUUGUAUGUGUAUAUGUAUGUGUGUGAGAAACGUGCAAGUCGCAUUAUAGCCCUCUCUAACCUUUGCUGUAAGAGAGACACACAGGCCUGUGGAGUCCCCUGAAGCCUCCAGGAGAUGAGGGGUCUUUGUCUCUUAUGCUCCCCCAGCUGAGGAGCCUGGUCUCUGGGCACACACAGACGUGACCCUGGGUCCCAGCCCUCUGGAGAGAGCAGAGGGAAGCUGAGCGGCACAAGAGGCCAUCUGAGGUGGGGGGUAUCAGUGAGGAGACGGCAGCAUGUGAUUGGUGGAGUAUGGGUGCCAUCCUGUUUGAGCUUCUGACAGGCAUGCCCCUGCUGCGGUGCCAUCCAGCAGGAAUCGGUCGCCACACCGCUCUCAACAUCCCUGAGUCUGUUUCAGAGGAGGCCAGAUCUCUGCUGGAGCAGUUGCUCCAGUACAACCCAAUGGAGAGGCUGGGGGCAGGUGUGGGAGGUGUGGAUGAUAUCAAAUCCCACCCUUUCUUUGCCAGAGUGGAGUGGCCCAAAUAGACGUUGCGCAUUGUGGGACUGCCGAAACCAGAGUUGCAUGCUGGGACACUGGUUGUCCUGAAUGAACUCUCUUCAGACUGGACACACAACUAGAUAUACAGUAAACACAGAUAAUGCAUUUCUGCACACAUCUACCAUUUUGUUUACAGCCAUUAAGUCCCUGUGUACUUUCGUUUUUGUAUGGAAUUUGCCAAGAAGCAGUGUUACCUUCCUUGUAAAUUGCUCAUGUCUUUAUCUCAUAGAAGGUUUACUGUGUAACCUUUUUAGUGCAGGGAACACUUAACAACAUGUGUGGUGCAAUAAUUUAUACAGUAAGUGCUGGUACUGAGUGAUGAUCCACUACAACGUUAUUGCUUUCCCACCCCUGAUACAGUAGAUGUAAGUCAAAUGACAUGCCUGAGAGUGAGACGUGACAUUUUUUGUUUUCACUGCAUUCAUUAAGUACUGCGUGUUACCCAUUCAAACUGACUUAAGUCACCUUUUGUGAAGACACGUGUAAUACACUCAGUUUGUUGCCACCUAUAAAAGUUAUAUCAUUCCUCAUGGAGCAUAUUGAGAUUAGCUGAGAGCGAGACAGGUUGAGGUUUUUUAUUUGAUGCGGGGGUUGUGUUGCUCUGAUCUCUGAACAGAUAUGAUAUCAUUUCCUACAACAUUGUCAAAUGUUUUCUUUUGCCAACCCCCUUUUUACUGCCAACCAGCCCACUUACAGUAACAGAGAAGGACACUAUGCAAGGUGAAUAAACAAAAUAUGUUGAGGUAGGAGGAGAUGGGUUUUUUGUUGUUAAAAAUUUAGUCACAUUAAGAUUGAAUUAUUUAAUAGAUUAUAGCUUGAAAAAGGGCCAGUCUAACAGACAGCAUAAGCCUUCUCCAUGCGUGGUCAGUGUGUUUCAUUCAAGAAAAAAAGAAUAAAGUAGGAUGAGGCUUGAACCACACAUUUGAAACCAGCCCCUUUUAUAGAGUAGUUGUUUUUAUGAAUAUCAGAGGAAACUCUCUUUACUGAACAACACUGCUUUUUCUGCAUGUAAGAAUAUGAUUUAUGUAAUAUAUUUAAUACAAUGAAUAGGCUAUUGAACAAUAAAUAAUGUGUGUGUGUGUGUGUGUGUGUGUGUGUGUGUGUGUGUGUGUGUGUGUGUAUAUAUAUAUAUGUAUAAUUUUACCUUUUUUAAAAGAUGUGCUGACUGAAAGGUAAACCCAGGUCUUUGAUUAUGUCCAACUUGUCUAUUACGUACUGCCUCAUCAUUCCAAUCCUUUUUAUUUGGUUGUGUGUGUUUUAUUUUUGAGCAACACAUCUGCUAACUUGCCACACAGAUCUUAUUGCUGAUUUUAUUAAAUCUAUAAUGAAUCCAUGGAUUACACUCUAUAUAUCACUUCUUAUAUCAUCGGAUGAGACUUCUGAGAAUUAUUGGUGCGUAUAUAAAACACAUCUUAAAAGGUUUACACAGAUAAUCACUCCACUGUACAUGCUGCACUGCGGAUUAAUACAUGUUAACUGACAGAUACUGUACAUUACCAGGUCCAAAUUCCACCUAUUAAUUCUUCUUAUCAGACAUAAACAUCAAAGUGAGAUCAGAUUUUUUUAUUCAUCUGGUUUGGUCUCUGUUGAAUGCUCACUCUUUUCUGUGCUGUGAGUCUAUACUGGUCUGUCAGAGCACUAUGGAUACCAAUAAACAUACCUGGAUCAGUA